AUGCUGGGCCAGUCGCCUGAGCGUGCUGUCACCAUCCGAGCCGCAGACUGCAUCAGCACUCCGUCGGCCUGUGACCAUGCAGAGCGGUUGGGCCCAAGUGCUUGGGCAGCAGUUCUACUCUACACUCUACACUGCUAUCCUACACAUCAGCUCUUGCGUAGAAGGCCCAACCACGGAUUGCGUUGUAUAGUGUAUCCUCCCUGCCGGGAGGAGAGGUACAACCCCUGUCACUAUGAAUUCAAACCAGUGCUCAUGCCUGUGUUGAGAACUGUCCGCACGCUGUUCCGCUCGCCGGUUCGCCACCUGGCGCCCCGUGGGACAGAGAUCUGUGAUCUUUGUCUUACAUUUUAUUUGACAUGGAGUUUCCAGGACGGCAAGACACAGCAAACACAGUCUUUUCUGGUUUUUUCAGGCAAUCUCUGA